CCCUCUCUUUUUUGUCAACACCUUCGAUUCGCAAGUACAAAACCCCUCCUCCUUGGCUCCUUCUUCUCCCCUAAUUUAAUUAAUUAAUUAAUUAAACCCUUAAUUAUUCACACCACAAAAAUACUCUCAUUCAUAAAUUAUAUCACUCUCUCACUCUGCCUCAGAAGUUCCGCCCUCAGAUUUCAUUCAUUCAACUGUCUUUUUCAUUUUCUUUUUCCUUCUCCUCUGCUCUAUAAUAAAAAAUGGCGACCAUGAAUCUGUCGGCGAAAAUGUCGAUGUUGAAAUCCGAUGGUAUUAAGUCCGCCGUCUCCGAUCGCCGGUUAUCGUCUGCGAGAAAUGUCGGCGAGGUUUUCUUCAAUGGAGGUUGUACUAAACAGAAUGUUAGGAUUACCACUAGUAAACGAUGCGUUUCAAAGGAGAUUUUCAGUGUUCGAUCUGUUAAAACCACUGAAACUUCUACUAGUUUGGAUUCUCCUAACGGCUCUAUCUCCCCUGGUCCUUUUGAGCUGCAGUCAAGUGAUUAUCUUGCCAAACAAUCGAAAUCGGUUUCGAAUGCUUGGAGAAAAACUAAAAUAGUUUGUACAAUUGGUCCUUCUACAAGCUCUCGUGAAAUGAUAUGGAAACUAGCUGAAGAAGGAAUGAACGUGGCGCGUUUGAAUAUGUCGCACGGUGACCAUGCAUCACACCAGAAAACUAUUGAUUUAGUUAGGGAAUACAAUGCUCAGUUUGAUGACAAGGUUAUCUCCAUAAUGUUGGAUACUAAGGGUCCUGAGGUUAGAAGUGGAGAUGUGCCUCAACCAAUCUUACUAAAAGAGGGACAAGAAUUCAGUUUUACUAUCAAAAGAGGAGUAAGCACACAGGAUACUGUCAGUGUCAAUUAUGAUGAUUUUGUAAAUGAUGUGGAGGCUGGAGAUACGCUCCUUGUUGAUGGUGGAAUGAUAUCACUCGUUGUGACAUCCAAGACAAAAGACACUGUAAAAUGCGAGGUAAUUGAUGGUGGAGAGCUUAAAUCUAGGCGACAUUUGAAUGUGCGUGGUAAAAGUGCAAAUCUUCCAUCGAUAACAGACAAAGACUGGGAGGACAUCAAGUUUGGGGUUGACAACCAAGUUGAUUUCUAUGCUGUUUCAUUUGUGAAAGAUGCUAAAGUUGUUAUUGAGUUGAAAAAUUACCUUAAAAGUUGCAAUGCUGAUAUUGAUGUUAUAGUGAAGAUUGAAAGUGCAGAUUCUAUACCAAAUCUCCAUUCUAUAAUUACAGCAUCAGAUGGGGCAAUGGUUGCUCGUGGGGAUCUUGGAGCUGAGCUUCCUAUUGAGGAUGUGCCUAUAUUGCAGGAGGAAAUCAUUAAGAGGUGUCACAGCAUGCAGAAACCAGUUAUUGUCGCUACUAAUAUGCUUGAGAGCAUGAUUGAUCAUCCGACACCUACACGGGCAGAGGUUUCUGAUAUUGCAAUUGCUGUUAGAGAAGGUUCUGAUGCAGUUAUGCUGUCUGGAGAAACUGCUCAUGGAAAGUACCCAUUGAAGGCUGUUAAAGUGAUGCAUUCUGUGGCACUUAGGAUGGAGUCAAGUUUGAAGCCAACAUAUGAUUGUCCUCCUGUUCCAUCUAGUGUAUAUAAGAGCCAUAUGGGUGUGAUGUUUGCUUACCAUGCAACUACUAUGGCCAAUACUCUUGAGACUCCAGUCAUUGUAUUUACAAAAACAGGAUCCAUGGCUGUUCACUUAAGCCACUUUCGGCCAUCUUCAACAAUCUUCGCCUUCACUAAUGAGCAAAGGGUAAAGCAAAGGCUGUCUAUAUAUCAUGGGGUGAUGCCCAUAUAUAUGGAUUUUUCAGAUGAUGCAGAGGAAACUUUCUCUCGGGCUCUAAAGAUGUUGACGAGCAAGGCGCUAUUGAAGGAAGGGCAGCAUGUUACUCUGGUCCAAAGUGGAACACAACCAAUCUGGCGUCAAGAAUCCAGUCAUCACAUACAAGUCCGUAAAGUUCAAGGCUAGUUUGUUUCAAUACACGUUUUUGUUACCUGCUGCUGGAAAUUUAAAGGCAAUGGAUUCUAGAUAGUGUAAGGUCUUAUUUAUUUAAUAAUUAGUAAUGCUGUUAGUUGUUUGUUUUAGCUACCACAGUCCAUUUAUGCUGCAUUUUUUUUCACACUUAGGUUUCAAAGGAACUUGUACAUUGCAAUUAUUUUUUAGCUUUGGUUGAUUGCUUUUGGUUUUUGAAUGUCAAAGUGUUGUUUUUGUUAUACAGGCUUUGUUUGCAUUAUUGGUAUUAUUCCUUUGUA